CGCGCCGCUGUUCCAGCUGCCCGCUUUACCUAAUAGCCGUCAACAGAAUUCGGCUUGCUCGCUCUGAUCGCUUCUGCCAAACGCGCUUCAUCUGCUCGGCUCGCUUCUCCGGCCGUUGCUGCGCGCCGGCGAGACGACCCGCCCGGCUGCUCUGCUUGCUGUGUGCGCCUCGGUUGGCCGUGCGGUUCGGAUCGAUGAUGCAUGCGCCGGCGGGGAGGAGACGGGCCUUCCAGCCUCGCGACGAGGCCACUCACUUUGUCAUGGGCGAUUUUGCGCUAAGCAACGACCCCAGUACGAUGCUGCUCCACGGCCGCGACAGAUCGAACAGCACCUAUCCGGAUGUGUUCUCGGCAAAUCCAAGACCCAUACAAGGAUAUGGCGCAAACGAAUCACCACGCCAAACGAGGAGCUUCUGUGCACAGGCAACUCGGAAGAACGAUGCUACUGCCCUCCCGAUGAGUGCAGAAGCAAAACUGUUCUCCGCUGACGGGUACGCUGGAAUCCGCAACGUCUCAGGCGUUUUCUGCUCACCAGAAGGGGGUGACGAUACCGUGCGAGCACAGGACGAUCAGCACAAGAACAGAGAGAGUGAUCUGCUUCUCUUCGACUGGCCUGAGCUGGAUGACUUGGAGGAUCUCCAGACAGACCUGAGAAAACUCGAUUCGGCGUUUGAGCUAGGGAGCGACUAUUUCGAUGUCCCGAUGUGGCCUUCGAUUUGCUCGCCGGACGUUCAGCUCGUGCCGAGCCCGAGCAGCCACUUCGACAACCCCCGCCCGUCCAAUGUUGCGAACGAGAGCGCGACUAAUCCUGCAUUAAAGCCAGCUAUUUCAGUUCGUGGCACUAGCGAUCAGCAGAUCAACACGCACCAGCCAUCCAGGAAGAAAGGACGGGAGACGCCACUGAACUCUUCUUCUUCCUCCGUGGAGAUCGAGCACUUCCCGCGGCUGUCAGACGCCGACCUCCUCUGCCCCUUCGACCUCCAUGACAUGGUCGUCCCAACAUCGUCCAGCGUCAUGUGCAACGACGAGAUCAUCAUGUCUUCCUCCGCUGCUCGCGCCAGCCCAGACGAUCUCUUCUCGGCUUACGUCCCGACGAAGAAUAAUCGGCCGCGUGCGACUCCGGACAUGAUCCUGGACGAGAUGGCCGGGAACCCGCUGGAGAUGUACUUCCCUCCGCUGGCCACGUACGAGCAGCCUCAGGUGCCGAUGAGUGGCACCGCCUCGACGCUCCCUGCUGAAGGCUUUGCAGGCGACGGUGCUCUGAACGGUGCAGCCAUGCAGUUUGGCUCGAAGCCUUCCAAGGGGAGAAGGAGUUUGGGAGGGGCACGUGAGAAGGCUCGACCGUGGUCGGUUUCGGAAGCGGCGCCGGCGCCGGUGAGGCAUCUCGGGUUCCAGAAGCUUCAGGAAGGGAUGAAUCAGUUGGAUGUGGGAACCAAGACGUGCAUCAGAGACGCCCUGUACCGGCUGGCCAACUGCGUGGAGCACAGACAUCAGGUAGUAGAGCAGAAUGUGGGUUCCUCGGCUGCAAACAGGCUCAGCACAUCGAGCGUAUGGGCGGAGACCGAGAGGAGCCCUAUGGAUCGCUCCGUGGCGCAGCUUCUUCUGCAGAAGCCGCUGGAUCAGAGGACGGCGAAUCGUGCCGCGUGAUAAUAUCGUCGUUCGACUCGGGGAUCUCCUGGCGUAGUGGUUCAGUGGCACCCAUUAUGAUUCCACUGCAGAGUAUGUGUAUGUAUGUGCGAACGAGCGUGUAAAUGUAGUACGUAUGAUACAGUCUAGCCUUUGACAGUC